AUAUGAUCGUUUUUGUUCUGUUUAUUUUUUAUUUAUUGCACUGUCUGAUUACGCACGAUUCAAACCCUACCCUAUUCUUAAUUUCCUUAGCAUACAACUGAACUUGGUGGAAACCCUACCCUAUUCUUCUGUUGUUGCCUCAGCUUCCAUGGUGAAUACCACGUUAUGCCGUAACCUAUUUGUUGGUGUAGCCUCUCCCAUGAAUUCCAUGAUGAACACCAUGUUACACAACAAACCGUUUGUAGUUGUAACAACCUCCAGGAACUCCAUUUUAUGCUGCAAACUGUUUUCUAUUCACCCAUUCUAUUUUCGCAAUGUUUUCACAACUGAAAUUCACUCACAGAGCAAUUUUUCACAGUUUAUCUCCUCCCAACUUAACAUGUCUGAGGCCGACAUUACUCGGAUCCUCAAGUUGGCCCCCCAAUUCCAGAAUCCUCGAACUUUCCACAACGUAGAGCAGGUAAUUCAUUCGUUGAAGAAGCGAGGCUUCACUGAAGUCCAAAUUGCCAGAAUAAUGAGGAUGAAACCCCAACUUUUCGGAUAUGCAGAAAGAACAUUUCAACCUAAGCUCAAACUACUGGAGGAUUUCGGUUUAGUGGAUCAAAAUUUGGCCAAACUUUUGACGAUCAAUCCAUCCAUUUUGGGCUAUAACCUCAAGAAAAGUCUCCCUCCCAAGAUGGAGUUUCUUAAGGAAGUAUUUCAGUCACAAGAUGUGCUUGUUAAAGCCCUGUUAAAAUCACCAAGACUUCUCAGUUUUAGCUUAGAGAAGAACCUGAAACCCUCGUUCACUUUUUGGCAAGGAUGGGGUUUUUCUGGGACGGGGCUCUCUGACUUCCUAGCGGUAAAUCCGGACGUUCUCUCACGCACUUCUUUAACGCCUGCACAAUUGGAUCUCAUUCAGGAGAUUGUCAAGAUUGGCAUUGAAAAGGAAAGCAAAAUGUUCAAAUAUAUUGUAAGUAUAGUGGCUGUUAGCCGCGUGGAAACGUUAAAUUCCAAGAUAGAGAAUCUCAAACUCUGCGGGCUCUCUGCUGAAGAAAUCUGGCAACUAUUUGGAGCUUCCCCUCUAAUCGUUAGUCUCUCCAAGGAAAAUGUUAGGGAAAAAAUGAACUUUCUAGUUAAUACUGCGGAACUCCCUGCAAAUUAUGUAGUGAAGCGCCCUAGGAUAUUAACAGUCAGUUUGGAAAAGACUAUGAGGCCCAGGUUUCUAGUUUGGCAGAAAAUCAAAUCCAUCAGUGACUUCAACCUUGCUCUUUUGACGGUAUUGUUGAUGACAGAGGCAAUGUUUGUUAGCAAGAUUAUAAAGGGACAUCCUGAAUCUCAAACACUCUGGACAAUUUAUGAUAAUGCCAUCUCUAAUGGCUCUAACCGCAUAUUGCACACAAAGAGCUUAACAAAACUAUAAUUUUGGAUGAAGAAAGUGAGCAUCAGGACUCAAAAAGCACAACACAUUAACUGAUCGAGUCUUUGGCAGAAGGCAGGCAAGCCCUUCCCAUCUAGUUGCUCUUCAAGCAAGUGGAUGCUCUUCAAUUUCUCUCUGCUUGUAUUUUGAAAGAGAUGUUGUGAAUACAAUGUGAAGCUGAAUUAAAGAGAAAAGCGAGACCAGUUGGUGUGAAGAUCAGAAGAAGAGGAGGGCAACGCCAAAGAAGACGAUAAGUGGUGUGAAGUUACAUAUGAUCAAGACGAAGACCAAUAUGAGUCUGCAUUUAACUAGGUUUUCCUGGCAGCGUGAGUGAAUGCCAUUACUGCUGUAAUUAGGAUCUUGUAUGUGCUGGGAGCGACAUCCAAAUUUUCUAGCAUCAAUUGCAAGCUAGAAAUAUUUUGGUGUGGGGAAGUCUGAAGGCUGCUGAGUCACAAGAGGUGAGAAAUCUAUUGAUAUAGUAGAUUGUUGUUAGUUCUGAGUUAAGGUUGUUGAAUAAGCAUUCAACAUGAAAGGAGACACAAAUUUGAUAGUGUUGUGGGCCUUCAAAGGAUCAGAUAUGGAGCUCACCAUAGUAUGAUGUGUUGCAACCAUAACCCAACCUUUUUGAACCUUCACAUCUUCCUUUAGAAAGAAAGUGACAUUGUAAUGAUAGCAGUUCAAGUGAAAUAUCUGCAUUUUCAAGUGAACUUGAAGAAGAAUGAAGUAGGAGAAAGCAUAGGAAGAGGGGAUUCGAAAGCAAGAAGGGGAAGAGCAAAUUUUGUUAUGUGCAGAGACUUUACCUUUUAUCUGUAAAUAUAUGAUGUUACUGUUUUUUUACUUGAUAUAUUGUGGGGGCUUAUUUCCUUGUUGAUCUGCCUUAUUAAUUGGUGGUCAUGGUUGAUGAUUCCCUUCCUUCCAUAACUGCUGUAGUUGUCAAAAGCCUAUUGAAUAUCCCUGUGUUGAUAUUUUGGAUAGGGAGAUUGUGGUCAUGUUUGUUGAGCUAACAAGAAGUAGUGAAACAGUAUAUUUGGUUUUUGGCUGUGCAUGCAAUUAUGGAAUAGUAUCUUGAUGUGAAAAAGAGGAUAAUUAAGUUGGAAGAAAGGGUAAGACAAAGGUAGAGGAAGAAGCUAACAAAGGAUCAACAGAAUGAAUUGCAAAAAGUUAGAGACUGUGCUGGAAGAGUUAUGAUGCCUGUGGGAGGAAUGCGAGUUAUGCAACAAUAAGCAAGUAAAGAACAAGAAAUUUACAGCAAAGGUGUUGAAAAGUUGUGAGAAGGUGGAAAAGAAUGGUGAGCGUAAAUAUUCACCUUGUGAGCAAUUGCCAUUCUCGGAGAGGAAAGCCAUCAAGUCAAGGAUUAGACAAGAUAUGGAAUUGUUAGAACAGGGAAAGAUAAAAUUCCUUGAAGUGUUGGGAGAAAUAUUAGUGGAUAAAAGACGUUUGAAUGAGAUGUUUUUAGAGUUAUAGAGAGCAGAGGUAGAUAAAUGGGAUGAUGAUAAAGAGGAUAAAUGGAAUGGAAUUGUUGAUUGCUGUUACCCUAAAGAAGAGGAAAGCAAUGAAGAGUACAAUGCAAAAAGGGAAGAGUUGGAAGAUUGCAACAAAGAGGAAUGUAGCCUAUCACAAAAGGAUGCCCAAUAUGUUGUAUCAAUGGAAGCAAUUCACAUUAGAGAAGUAGCUGCAAUAAAGAUGGUGAUCUUUGGGAUCCCCAUAUGUGAUGAAGAUUUAUUUUUUUUAGAAAACACAACUUGCUAGAAGCAGCUAGAGGAAUGUCUAGAGAAUCACAUUAGUGAGGGAAAAAGGAGUAGAAGUUCAUCACUUUCCUAAGGAAGGAAUGAGGGUGACUGAGAGGAAGUAGAAGCACAGAUAUUUAUUCUGCAACAAAGGAGGAUAUGAAAAGGAGUGGAUUUGUGAACAUCAUCAUGUGGAUUCAAGAAACAAAGACCUUGUAAAAGAACUUGAAAGCAUGCCUAAAUGGCAUAACAUGGAGGAGGAAGCACAGAUAUUUAUUCUGCAACAAAGGAGGAUAUGAAAAGGAGUGGAUUUGUGAACAUCAUCAUGUGGAUUCAAGAAACAAAGACCUUGUAAAAGAACUUGAAAGCAUUCCUAAAUGGCAUAACAUGGAGGAGGAAGCACUUAUGGGAAAUUUUUAUUCCCUUAACUUUGUUUCUGUUUUUAAUGAUUUAUGUGCUGGUGUGAUAGGAGCCGGUAUGAGUGAUGCAAAGAGCAAUGAUGAUUUUCAAUGAGAAGGACUACUAAGCCUUCAAGGAUCUGGGAAUAAAGGAAGAAAACCAAUUGGCAGAGGAGGAGGAUACUUACUCCAACAAGAGGCUGUAAGUGAAAGAAGAAAAAAAUUGAUAAUUUGUGGAGAUAUCUAAUGUGGUGGAAAUGAACUCCAUCGUUUGAUUCUUUAAGUCAGAAGGAUGGUUCUAUCAUCUAUUCCAAAUUCUUUCUUGGAUGUUUGAUGCGACAACAUCCUGAGAUAAAAAAAAAUCUUGCAUCACAAAAAAUGAAAAUGUAAUAGCUAGGUUGUUAAGAUUCUUAGUGUUUUAAUUUGUUGAAGUUUGUUUCAUAUAAAUAAGCUUUGAACUAGGAGGUUCAAAAAUUUUAAAAGAAGGGGAGAAUGUUGCUAACUGACUCCUAUGAAUCAGGAGGCACAAUCAGAACGAUUCCUCAGAAUUAGGGGUUAGUCUUAACUGUAUUUGCUAUGUUUAUAAGUAGUUAAUAAUGGCUCAAACUGGUGGGAAACAACUAUUACAUCAUUACUAAGAAUAGAGAGUUAGUGUUCUGUUAGGAGGAGGUGGCUUUAUUAGCAAAGGAAGGAUAUGUUAAACUGAAGAUUUGUAAUGAUAGUAAGUGGGAUAGGUAGGGGAGCUGAACUUUAAGUUUUGUAAAUAUUUUCUCUGUUAAUGGAAAUGUAUCUUCUGUA